AGUAAGCAGAGAAUUGAUUUGUUUUACGAGAGCUGGAUUCAAAUUUCAAAGUUAGUCAAUGUUGAGUGGGCCUUGUUUACUUCUGAACCAGUAAUUCAAGGCGCCAAAUUCCUCCGUCUUUGCAAACCCCACUGCUCUUGAUUUCCCAAACGACAUUCCAUUUCAGCCAUUAAUUUCCAUGGCCGAUAUCCAGAUCUCAAUUAGACAUCUUCCACCGUAACAUCUUAAUUCUGUCUCCUCUUUUCAUUCCUCCGUCCACUCUCCGGCAACCGGACCUCCUUCCACGGGAAUAAACGAACGUCUUCUGUUACUUGUUUGCUCUCUGGUAGUCAUUGGCCUUCGAGAGAAAUGCAGAGCGCUGUAUUGGCUUUCGCCAUGUCUUUUUCCCCUAACACUCCUGCUAGGGCUACUUCUUUUCCAUUGCCUCUAAUUUCAUGCCGACUUCGAAGCCCUAAUUUGCCUCACUUUCCUCACAUUGUUCCGUUUCGUUCCUUCUCAUCCUCGAUCGCUGUUUCUUGCUCCGGAUUCAGUUCGAGGCUCCAGAAAUUCACGAGAACUGCGGCUUCCUUGCCGGAGAGCGCCGGCGAGGCUGAGGAAUCGGCCGAUUUCGUUAACAAUCUGCGGCUUGGUUCAAUGUUUGGCGUUUGGUACCUUUUGAAUAUCUACUACAACAUUUUCAACAAACAGGUUCUGAAAGCCUUCCCCUUUCCAACUACGGUGACUGCUUUUCAAUUCGCGUGUGGAACGGUCAUAGUAAGCUUAAUGUGGGCUCUUAAUUUUCAUCCCAGACCCAACGUCAAUCGCUCCCAGUUUGCUGCCAUUCUUCCGCUGGCUGUAGCGCACACCAUGGGGAACAUAUUGACCAAUGUCAGUCUUGGCAAAGUUGCGGUCUCAUUCACUCACACCAUCAAAGCAAUGGAGCCAUUUUUCACUGUCCUUCUCUCUGCUUUCUUCUUGGCUGAGAGGCCCACAUUUUGGGUUGUUCUUUCGCUCAUACCCGUUGUAGGAGGAGUGGCACUCGCAUCUUUUACUGAAGCCUCAUUUAAUUGGAUUGGCUUCAGCAGUGCCAUGGCUUCAAAUCUCACAAAUCAAUCACGUAAUAUCUUCAGUAAAAAGCUCAUGGUCCACAAAGAGGCGCUGGACAAUAUCAAUCUCUUCUCUGUAAUUACUAUCAUUUCAUUUAUCCUGCUGGUUCCCUCAGCUCUUCUCCUUGAAGGCACUAAAUUUAGUCCUUCAUACCUGCAAUUAGCUGCAAAUCAAGGGUUGAAUGUCAGCGAGCUAUGCAUUAGGUUGCUUCUAUCUGGCAUUUGUUUUCAUAGCUACCAGCAGGUUUCUUAUUCAAUACUACAGGAAAUUUCACCAGUAACCCAUGCUGUAGGGAACUCUCUGAAGCGGGUGGUGGUGAUAGUGUCGUCUGUUAUUUUCUUCCAAACAGCCGUCUCACAUCUAAACGCCCUCGGAACUGGAAUAGCUCUCAUGGGAGUCUUUUUGUAUUCAAGGGCGAAGCGUAUGAACCCAAACCUGAAGACUCUAUAAAUGAAUCUAAAUACAAACACAGUUUAGU